CAGAACCAGCCCCACAAACAACUCAAUCAAAAUGAGUCGCAGAGCGGCAUUAGCAUCCGCGUCUAUUGCAGCGUUCCAGCGAGAAAACAAAACAAGUGGAGCGUCGUCCCAUCAACAUCCAAGUUCCUAUUCCAUUCCCAUCGGAUGCAGAUUUAGUUCGCCAAAUCGUAUGUGUGUAAAUUCACGGCAAACAAAUUUUAAAAAUAGAUUCAAAAUUCAGCAUCGGAAAAGUAGUUGCCGAAAAUUCGAACCGAGCUGUGGAAGCAUUGGCCGGACGGAGCUUUUGCCCCCGCGUUGCGUUGCCCAAGUGUCGUCACCGAUGGGGCGGGCGAAUUUAAUUGGUUCUUUUUUGUGCUAUUUUAUUAUUUCCGAGCGCAAGCGUUUAGUCGAAUUUUGUCCGAAGCUGCGUGCGGGCGUGAAUCUUUAAAGGCAACUAAUUUAUAUAAUUGCUACCCGAUCUUUAUUUCGUCGUUCUAAUAUCGUAACGAAUUCGGCCAAAGGACUUUAUCGGAAGAACAGUGGACAAACAAGCGCAGAAUGAGUGAAAGUUCCAAUCCUGUGCCGAGUAUUGCGGUCUAUCAAUCCAACAUAAGUGCUGGGAUCUACCACAACAUAGCCACAAGUUUCAUAGAUCAGAAUGUGGUCGUGUCACCGCUGUUAUUGGAAGCCACUCUGUCACUUCUCUACCUUGGAUCAGAUGGAGCCACUGCAGAGGAAUUGCAGAAACUGCUGCGACUGAAGGAACGCUUCCCGAGCAAUGCCAAAAUGGCCAAUUUCUAUGCCUCGGAACUGGCGAACAUCACAUCGGAUCCAGAUACCAGCCUGAAGUUACAGAACCGACUGAUGCUCCAGCCGCUUCCUGUAUCCGAAUCCGGCAUUGCCGAUGACUUCCAGAAGAUUGCCCAGACCUAUUUUCAUGCCACCGCCGAGUGUGUUGACCUGGGGCAAACGGAGAAGCUGCGUCGCCACAUAAACGAACAGAUCCUGGCCAGCGUUGGAGGAGGCAGCUGGGACCAGAUUCAACUGGAGAGUAGCCCUGCCUCUAAAACCCUGCUCCUGCUGGCGGCGAAUCUCCAGAGCAAGUGGUUCCUGCCCUUCAGUGCCUACAGAACCGGACUCUAUGAGUUCCACAGCGGUAGCCAGGUCAAAUCAGUGCCCAUGCUCUUCGACGACGACAUGUUCGUGAAGUUUGCGGAGCUCAGGGAUCUGGAUGCCCGAGCCAUAGAGCUUCCAUACGAGCACGCCGAGGAGCUGUCCAUGCUGCUCAUCCUGCCCAACCAGCGCAACGGGCUCCAGGAACUCGAGAAGCAGCUGCGUGGCCAGGAUUUGGGUGCACUGCAGCAGCGCAUGCAGAUGGAGGGCGUUCAGGUGCUGCUGCCCAAAUUCAGUAUUGAUUUUGAGUGCAGUCUGCGGCAGCCUCUGAAACAGCUUGGCUUUGAGGAGAUAUUUGCAGCAUCGGCAAACUUCAAGCAUUUGCAUCCUUCUGGAAGUCUGCCCGUUGUCGAUGUUCUUCAAAAGCUGCGUAUUAAUUUGAACGAGUCUGGAUCCGGACCCGAGUUGCCACGAACUGCAGCAGAGUAUAAGCCCAUUGUGAUCAGCAAUUCCUCUCGCCAGAAAUUCUUCCGAGCAGACCACCCAUUUUUCUUUGCCAUUCGGAGUGAGAAUGUGACCUAUCUAAUGGGUCACGUGGUGGAAUUUUAACUCUCACUGGGACAAGCAGAAAAGUGUAGGGUUUGGUGCAAUAUUUAAACUUAUAUACAAAUAAGUAACAAAUAACUAAUAUUUACUAAACAAAAAAUAAGUUUCCGAUGAUAAAAUAUGUGUAUAUUUUCUGUAUUGUCAAUUGGAUUUGUUCUCUAAGUUGGGCAAACGUUCGAUGUAUUUUAAUUCGAUAGACGUAUGGUAAUGGUGUUUUUGGAGAUCCCUUUUCUGAUAGGAACAUUUCGGCAGAUGGACGUAAUUCCUAACGUACACAUUAUUUUGGGUAUAAUUAAUUCUGUAAUUUUUUGCUGUUAAUGGCAUUUUAUUCUUAAUUUAAAAAAAAAGAAAAGAAAAUAUUAAAAAAUCUA